GGCGAGUUGGGAUUUGGUUUCAGGUCAGAAGGACCAUGCGGAGAGAGGACGCAGCUCUCCCGGACCUGCACUGGGACCCAGGGUUUCCAGCUCUGCUGGAUGCUAUGUGACAUCACCAGCCCCCUCGCUGCUGCCACUGCUGGAAGUUCCGAGCUCUGUGCUGGGGGCACCAGGCACUAACACUUGGCCCUUGUUGAGAGAACAGAGAGAGGCUCUCUUGUCCACAGCCUGUGCUCAGCUCCAACUGCUGCAUCUCCCGGAGGCCUCUGCCCAGGCUGGAUAGAGACCACCUGAUCAUAGCUGCAGAAUGGCCUCCAAUCCAGUUGGUGUCCCUAGCCCACAGCCAUCUAGAACCAAUGGGAAUAUCAACCUGGGGCCAUCAGCCAACCCAAAUGCCCGGCCUACAGACUUCGAUUUCCUCAAAGUCAUUGGCAAAGGAAACUAUGGGAAGGUCUUACUGGCCAAGCACAAGUCUGAUGGGGCGUUCUAUGCAGUGAAGGUGCUGCAGAAAAAGUCCAUCUUAAAGAACAAAGAGCAGAACCACAUCAUGGCAGAGCGCAACGUUCUGCUGAAGAAUGUACGCCACCCCUUCCUCGUGGGCCUGCGCUACUCCUUCCAGACCCCAGAGAAGCUCUACUUUGUGCUCGACUAUGUCAACGGGGGAGAGCUCUUCUUCCACCUGCAGCGGGAACACAGGUUCCUGGAGCCCAGGGCUCGCUUCUAUGCUGCUGAGGUGGCCAGUGCCAUCGGCUACCUCCAUUCUCUCAACAUCAUUUACAGGGACCUGAAGCCUGAGAAUAUUCUCUUAGACUGCCAGGGACAUGUGGUGCUGACAGAUUUUGGCCUUUGCAAGGAAGGUGUAGAGCCGGAGGAGACCACAUCCACAUUCUGUGGUACCCCAGAGUACUUGGCUCCUGAAGUGCUUCGUAAAGAGCCUUACGAUCGGGCAGUGGACUGGUGGUGCUUAGGGGCAGUCCUCUACGAGAUGCUGCAUGGCCUGCCUCCCUUCUUCAGUCAAGAUGUGGCCCAGAUGUAUGAGAACAUCUUGCACCAACCGCUGCAGAUCCCCGGAGGCCGGACAGUAGCCGCCUGUGACCUUCUGCAAGGCCUUCUCCACAAGGACCAGAGGCAGCGACUGGGCUCCAAGGAAGACUUUCUUGAGAUAAAGAACCACAUGUUCUUCAGUCCCAUAAACUGGGAUGACCUGUACCACAAGAGGCUGACUCCACCCUUCAACCCAAACGUGGAAGGACCUGCUGAUUUGAAACACUUUGACCCAGAGUUCACACAGGAAGCUGUAUCCAAGUCUAUUGGCUGCACCCCUGACACUGUGGCCAGCAGUUCUGGGACCUCAAGUGCAUUCCUGGGCUUUUCCUAUGCACCGGAGGAUGAUGACAUCUUGGACUGAUUGGAGACAAGCAAGACUGAAGCCACCAAGACCAGCUGGUACCUGCAGGGACUACCUUCCAUGCCAGUAAGAUACACUGAGUCUGAUGACUCAGAAGUGUUUUCCAUCACAUGAAAGGACAGUGUGGAAUCCAGGCUAGCAGGGCAGGUUGUCAGGUACUCAGAACUCUGUGUAGUUCUGCUUUGCUCUUCUUGACCUACAGCUUCUGUGUUAGGCUUUCUGUUGAUGUUGCUGCUGCUGUGACAGAAAUACCCAAGAAAAGCAAUGGAAAGAGGGAAGGUUUAUUUUGGUUCAGUUUCAGAGGUUUGAGUUCAUGCUUGGCUGGCUCCAUUGCUACAGCCCUGAGUUAAAGCUGAAACAUCUUGGUGGAAGGAUGUGGCAGAGGAAAGCUGCUUACCUUAAGCAGAGACAGCAGAAUGGGCUGGAAUCAGGAUACCCCUUUCAGAGUUAUGCCCCUAAGGAACUCCUCCAAGUUGCCCCACCUUAUAGUUUCCAUCACCUCCCAAUUCCAGGAAAUUAUGAACCCAUGAAUGGAUUAAUCUAUUGAUGAAGCCUAAACCUUGGUGAUCUAAUCGUUUUCCCAAGGCCCUGUCAGCUAGACACGUGAACCUUCAGAAAACAAUUCAGAUCCAAACCAUAACAGCUUCCAACAUCAGGGUUACAUUGUCACCCGAUGGUUCCUGGUCCUCUAGAUGCCUGUGUCCUAAGCAAGAGAAAAGGAGGGACAGGGCAAUCAGGAGUCCUAAAAGGGUACUGUUAAAGAGUUUCUGGAAGCUAAAUUCAAUGUCUUCUGCUAACAUGUCAUAACCCCCCAGUCCUACUGGAUGGAGCCUGCCUGGGCACAAGCCACUUCUUAUAGCAAAGAAGUUCCAAUGCCAAGGGAAAAGGCGAGAAUGCUGGUAGGCAACCAACACUCGAUCAAGGGCCACCUGGCAUCUGGAUUUUGAUUUCAAUGUGUAAAAUAAUGAGAUGUAACAAGUCUAUAUUACCUGGAA